GGCAACGACUUGAAUUGUUCCAUGUCGAAAAGAAAGGCCUCUGAACAGGAAGAUCCUGAAAUACGUGGUGGGACUAAAUCGCGACGCUUGGAAGGAACCAACUCUAUCUCAUACCCAGAUCUCAAUCUUUCUCAUGGCCAACGACCGACACCAUUCCAGAAGCCCAUGCCUAUCAUUUCGUUCUCAUACACGCCAUCUCGCACUUUAGAGUUCAACGACCUGGCUUUGCGGUAUUUUGUUGAUCCGCCUAUUGGUGCCCAAUUGUCUUAUGGAUAUAAUAACUGGGUACGACGACCGGAAGAGAAAGGCCGCAUUGAUGGCCUCUUGAAAGCUCUUAGCUGGGUGAGGAGCCAGGGAAAAGUGGGCCUAGACGACCUGGCGGUUGUUUCGUGGCGCGGUGUGAUGACCAGGCUUUUAACAGCUCCCUACGAGGAUCGCGAUGGCUGGGAAUUAAAUGUCAUGUAUAUCAACGGCACCAUGUAUUUCGAAGAGCAUAUAUCCAAUCAGAAGCUCAGCGAAAGGGAAAAUAUGGAACCCCGACAUCGAAAGCAGUCUUAUUUUGGCUAUGCCUUUGAGUCAUACGGGACAUCAGAGACCCCCCGUAGGCCUCCCCCGAAACCAGGUUCCAAAGAUCCGCUAGGAUGGGGAGGAAACGUGGAUACCAACGUGCAAUGGUGUAGCGUUGUGCGGACUAAACUUGGCGAUAGCCGACUCAUCAUUGGAGGCGAAGUCGAUUGCGUUCGAGACAGAUACACUGGAACGACUGAUUCAUUCGUAGAGCUCAAGACGUCUCUAACAAUACGGGGCCCCCACGAUGAAGCAAAAUUCGAGAAGAAAUUACUCAAGAUUUAUUUCCAAUCAUUCCUCCUUGGCGUACCGGAGAUCACGGUCGGAUUUCGAACACCGUCCGGCGAGGUGACAACUGUACAGACCUUCGAUACGACAAAAAUACCCCGUCUUGUACGAGGAAAGCCUGGUUCCUGGGAUCCAUCAAUAUGUUUGAAUUGGGGCCAGGAGAUAUUAACAUUUCUCAAGAAGAUUCUCCAAGGAAGUGAUGCGGAAAAAGCCUCCGUAUGGCGAGUGAAGUUUGUGCCGAAAGAGGGUGUGACAAUUGUGAAGCUGACUGAUAACCUCGUGGACGAGGUUGUGAACGGGGAGGAAAGGGUGGGCUUUCUGCCACAAUGGUACUGGGACGAAAUUCAGACCGUAGCGACAGUAGCGCAGUCAACCUCCGGCUCCGUCGCAGGAUGGCAAAUAUGAAAAAAAAAAAAAGGAAUUUCUUUAGGGAAAACCUUUUCGGC